CUGGAGCAAGAUCGACUGACUUCCGGCCAGGCCGUUGUCUGGGCGGUGCGGUUGAGUCAUCGCCGGGCCUCGCCGCCUGUGUCGUGUAUCUCUCCCUGCGCCGCCGCGGCGCCGGGGGUCGACCAGCCAAAGGGGGGCGGGAGGCCACUCGGACCUUCCGGUGCAUUUCGUUUUGGCCAGCAGCCCGGCUACCCGCGCUGGGGCCUGGGGUCCUCGGGGCCCGCGAGGCCCGGUCUGAGGGGCCGGGGCCUACGUGGGCCCGCCGCCGAGCCCCAUGAGGCACAGCCUGACCAAACUGCUGGCGGCCUCGGGCAGUGACUCCCCAGCCCGCAGCGAGAGCCCGGCACCAGCCGCGACUUGUUCGCUGUCCCCGGAUCUGACUCGGGCGGAGACCGCCGCAUCUCCCCGCCGCCAACAGCCGCGGGGCGACGAGGGCGAGUUGGACGCCGGGAGGGAGGGACGCGGCGGCGUGGCCGUGCGCGCGCCCUCGCCCGAGGAGAUGGAGGAGGAGGCGAUCGCCAGCGUACCAGGGGAGGAGACGGAGGACAUGGACUUUCUGUCCGGGCUGGAACUGGCGGAUCUGCUGGACCCCCGGCAGCCUGACUGGCACCUGGAGCCUGGGCUUAGCUCGCCCGGACCUCUGUCCUCGUCCGGCGGUGGCUCGGAUAGCGGCGGCCUGUGGAGAGGGGACGACGAUGAUGAGUCCGCGGCUGCCGAGAUGCAGCGCUUUUCGGACCUGCUGCAGAGGCUUUUAAACGGCAUCGGAGGCUGCAGCGGCGGCAGUGACAGUGGCAGCGGCGAAAAGAGGCGGAGAAAGUCCCCAGGAGGCGGCGGCGGCAGCAGCAGCGACAACCAGGCGGCGACAAAGAGUCCCCGGAAGGCGGCGGCGGCGGCUGCCCGUCUGAAUCGGCUGAAGAAGAAGGAGUACGUGAUGGGGCUGGAGAGCCGGGUCCGGGGUCUGGCAGCCGAGAACCAGGAGCUGCGGGCCGAGAACCGGGAGCUGGGCAAGCGCGUCCAAGCACUGCAGGAGGAGAGUCGCUACCUACGGGCCGUCCUAGCCAACGAGACCGGACUGGCUCGCCUGCUGAGCCGGCUGAGCGGCGUGGGACUGCGGCUGACCACCUCGCUCUUCAGAGACGCGCCCGCCGGCGACCAUGACUACGCUCUGCCCGUGGGGAAGCAGCGUCAGGACCCGCUGGAAGAGGACGACUCCGCGGGAGGAGUGUGUCUGCAUGUGGACAAGGAUAAGGUGUCGGUGGAGUUCUGCUCGGCGUGCGCCCGGAAGGCGUCGUCUUCUCUUAAAAUGUAGGGUCAAGUAAUCUGCUCUUUAUCCGCGUUUACCCCUUUCAACUCCCUUACACCAUGUAAAACACCUUAGUGGGACAUCUUCACUGGACACAUUUCAGAGGAGGAAAAAAAGUAAUAUUGAAUCUUAAAGUGUUUAGCUAAAAAGCAUGAAUGUGACACUGUAACCAACUCCUAAUGAUAACAUGUGACUAUUAAAUCUCUCUGACAGUUUCUUUUUUAGGUGAUUUCCUUCCUGCCAGGCUCCGUUGUAGGGGUUACAGAACAGUCGUUCCCGCCUCACAACCUGGCGGGAGGGGAAUCUAAUUUGGGCCCUGUCCACCCUGGAAACAGACUUGUGCUGGUCAGUAAUGUGUUUAAGAUGCUUCUUAUGGUUGAAAUAGCUGUUAAUGUGUCCCCUUGUUCAGACUUGCGUGUACCUAGCUCUUCUGUCCCCAGUGUGGACAUGGCCUUGGAUGACAUCGGUUCCAACUGUACACUGAAAGCUGCUAAUAGAGAUACAGUUUGGAGACAGUGAAACAGGUGAAGUUGAAUGGAAGUUCCGAGUUGUACAAGGUGCAAAUUGGAAUUCCAAUCUUAGAGCAACUUUUCAGAGGUUGACAGUAAGAAUUUGGGGCUUGCACAAAUGUGAUAGCUAUUUUCCUGAAGAUGACAGAAAUCUCUUAAGUAUUCAAGAAUGCCUUUUAGUUUCGACUAGAAGAUCUAGAAAUACAAUUCAUUCCAAUUAACAUUAUAAUAUCUCACCAUUAGAAAAGUUGGAAAUUAACAUGCGUAUCAGACUCCUGUGUUAGUUAAUUGAAGGAGGACUCAGAAUGGUUAAUGAAGUGUUUUCUUUGAGGACCAGCACAGUGAUUAUCCUAUCACUGAGUAUGAAUAAAUUGUUAAACACCUUUAUUUUUGUUGUAUUAAAAUUUUAGGUUAAAUUUAUGUAUGAUUAGAUAUUGAAGGUUGUGAAAUGUGAAUGAAAACAUGUAAAGUGAGGCUUCACAAAGAAUCUUUAUUCUCCAUAUUUCAAAGAUAUUUGUCCUAUUAACAAUUUUUAAGAACUGAGUGGUUCUGGCUAAUGACAUGAUUGACACUUCCUAAAGAUAGGACAUAUUCUUCUGUUGAAGUACUCUAUUUUCAGUUGUACAGAUUGAGUUAUGGUGUCCUUCAGUGUAAGAAACAUUAAGAAAUUCUUUGUGAAACAUCACUGUUUGAUAAAGUAUAUACGUAUUUAGCAUCCUUGUUUUUCUUUGUGCUAAAGUGGAUACAGCUGUUGGGGCAGAAGAGACGGGACCAGCUGCUGGCCACAUUUCCUGCUUUAUUUUAAAAGGUAGUAUAAGAAAUGAGGAAAAAGAGGUAAUAUCAGGGCUUCUGAUGUCUUUUAUUUUAAAAUGUUCAUGAUUCAAAAGUAUCUUCCAGCAGUCCAAAGAUGUAAGUUAAUUUACAUAUAAAAUGUUUUAUUUUGUUGUCAUUGGUUAUGCAAAUGGAAUCCUUGUUGUUGCACAACUGUAAAUGUUUUGUUGCUAGAUAAUACGAGUUGAGACCUAACUGGUUCUCUGGUUUCCAGUGCAUUACAGCAUAUUUUGUAAAAUCAUCUACUGCACUUGAGCAUGAAUGGGUAGCAGCAAACUCAGAACCUGGAGUGAUGAACCUGCUUAUACCUAAGUGCAGGAGCAAGCCCCACACACAACCUUCCUCCUCACAAUGCAGUGCAUGGAUUUUUUAGUGCCUACUGAAUUAUAUAUAUAUAUAUAUAUAUACACACACACACACACACACACACACACAUAAACCAAAAGUAGUUGGAAAAAUUAUUUGAAGUGACUAAUUUGUGCUAUCUUUAUGGAAUAUGUUAAAUGUAGCUUUUUGAAACAGAAGCCUUGAAUUGAAAUUUAAUUAAUACUUGAACAUUUUGUAUAUAUUUCUUUGUAUAUAAUUUUGUGCAGUAUCAAUGACAAAAAUAUGGUGUCAUAAUAAAACCAGGUUUGUUGAUCUUUCAGUUAUGGGCUCAAAGAAUUUGUUCAUCUCUAACAUGACAUUGGAAAAUAAUGGAUGAAAGUAGGAAAAAUGAUUGUUGUUAGUGCUGACUGUGGGUCUUAAAAGGUUCUGGAAGCAGUAAGUGUUUUUCUAAAAAUUAUAUCAUUCCCUUGGAAUAUUUUCUUCAUAUAACAUCAGUGCUUUUCCUGAAUUAUUUGAAGUUCGGGGCUGGGGAGAAACUGAAGUCACAGCUUUCUGAAUUGGGAUGCUUUGAAAUUCCAAGCAUAGAUUUUUAGAAUGUCAUUUUAUAAAUGGCAGUUUUUGGAAAUACUUGAUUAAGAACUUUUGAAAAUGGAGAUUAGUAUCGCCUAUUUUUAAAGCUGCUUUGUUAGGUUCCUUAUGUUUUAACUGUCUUUUCUUAGUUUCCAUUUCAUUCUCUUUUCUCUAAUUUUGGUGACUUGGUGAUUUUGUCGUUUUUUACAUCAACUUCAUGGUCUUGUUUUUACAUGGUAUUGCAUGUAUGUAGGACCUACCUAACGGGCUUUAAGUAAAUUUGGUCAUAUUUAUGUGUAAGCACAUUACUGUAAAUGUUCGGGUUUCUGAAUUUACAAGAGGUCUGUUUAUUUCAGUAUGUAGUAAACAGUAUCUUAAAGUGUCCUAUUCACUACUUGUUAAUUAAAAAAGUUAUUAAUAUGAAACUGUUGUCUUACUAUUUUUAGAAAACUGUGUUCUGAAUGAUUAGUAGUUGGAUAAAGGAGACUUCUGGAAUAUAAUAUGGGUUGUCUUGAAAGUUUUCAUGUUUGACUCUAUACUGUAAUGGAUGAAAAACAAUUUAACAAUUGGGGGUCUUUUUUUUCCUAAUUGUGCCUAUAUGGCAAAAUGAUACAGAACUAGAGGCAAGAUGUAGCUUUUUAAUAUUUGUCUUCUGAUAGUGAUAGGAAUUCAUACAUUACUUGAACUAACACAUCAUAUUGACCUGUUUCUAUCAUACUGACUACUGUUUCUGCAGUUAUUUGACCAGACCUAACUAAAAAGUCCACGUAUGUUAAAAUGUCAUCACACCUCUGAUAUAAACCCACAAAAAGUGUUCAAAAUAUUUUAAGUUUUUGUGCAUUUUAUAAUCACUAAAUUAAUCUCUCUCUCUUCUCUUUAAACAGCUUAGCAGUGUCUGCAAAAACGAAUCUUUUCCUACAACCUGUUUACUGACUGGACUGAUGGUAACAAAGUAAUUGUGGGAGCCAUGUCGGUCAAAAAUUUUGGCAUCUGCUGCAAAAAAUGAAUGCCAUUUUCAAGUUCCCAAAUUACUUCUAUACUGAUUUCACUUUCCAGAAAUGGAGAUAUGAAAAGAUUCUCUGGAAUCCUUGAAAGACUUAAUAGGAAUACAUGAGACUAAGUAAUUUUGGAACAAAAUUACACUUUUUUUUUUGUCUUUCAUGGGAGUGAUACUCAGUUCUUUGCCAGUCUUUUAAAAAUUGUAACCACUGGAGAAGAGAAUUAUAGUGCUUGAUCAAGGAAUAUUAGAUUCUUUACAUAAUCAAGAACACAGUUCAUGGAAUUACAUUUAGUGGAAUAGAAUUACAUAAACAGACCAUCAGUGAUCACAAGGCAUAUCAUGAGUCUGUAUUUAUUCCCUGGAGCAUGAGAGCUUAUCUGAGGUAUAAACACACCUUCCUGCAUAGAAAAUAAAAGUUAAUAU